AGUCUAAGACUGCAUGUGGAUUCCAAUCAUUGGAGCAUAGGACUAAGCGGUGAUCUUCCUUCUACCCAAUCUCACUGGUAGAACUUUGCAGCCGCAUUUCUUAACUUUAUCUACACUUCCCCAAGACCAACAGCAACACCACACACCCAGAACUUACACCUCCGACACAACGCAACAUCCAGCAAAGAUGCCCGCACACCUGGGUCACGAGGAGUUCUUCACCUCCCUUACCACCCUCCUCACCACCACCUCCCAAAAGACCCGAGGCUCCGUGUACCUCACCCAGAAACCUCUCCUCAACACCACCACCUCCGAACAACCCUCCAUCCUCAUCCGCGCAACAGACGGCAACACCAACGCCCCCAACCCCAAAACGCCCCAAGGGAAGAAGGCCCAAUCCGCCCCCCCGAAAGUCAAGUUGUCGACGGUGGUGAGCCCGGAGGAGCUGGAGGCGUUCUAUGCCCGGUAUGCGGAGGUGUGCAAGGCAGGAAUGACGGGGUUGAAGAAGAGGGAUCGGAAGAAGGGCAAGGCGAAGGCCAAGGGAGGUGCAGCGGGAAAGGUUACUAAGGCUUAAGCCGUUGGGUAGGGAUAGUGGCAGCGUGGCUGGUGGGCUGAUUGGGGAAGGUGAGGCUGGGAUUAUUCGGUACCAUGCGGAAGAGGAUGGUAGAUAUAUCGCUGCUGGUGAUGUUAUGGAUGCAUUAUGGGCGUUUAUGGGUCUCUUUUGUUUGAUUCAUUGGGUAUGUUCAUGCCCUUUACUGCUGGUCUUUGUUGUGUAGAUAUGGGUGAGGGAUCGGGCUGAAUGGAACCAUUCUCUUCAAGAAAUAUACUAAUUAUGCUUGUAGGGUGACAGUAUAUCAGAUUAACUGUGUUGAUGAUAUCGCUAGAAUACAAAGAAAACAU